AUGGGUUCUAGAGUUAAAUGGCUGAAGUUGAAAUAUGGAAUAGACACAAAGAAGGUAACAUCGACCGAUAUGAGCGAAAACCAUAACAGCGAACACGAAUACACUUCCAUUUUUCGGUUUCAAUCAUUGGAAGGAUGGUUAUACCUUAUACGCUGUAACCGUUUUGGACUUCAGUUUUCGCGUAAGCGUUACUUCGUUCUCGAUCAUCACCUUCUUCGUAGCUUCAAAUCCGUUCCCAAUUCCGACGAUCAGGAUCCUGUUAGAAGUGCUAUUAUGGAUUCGUGUAUUCGUGUAAUGGAUAAUGGAAGGGAGAGUAUUAACAGAAAAGUGUUUUUCAUUUUCACACUAUAUAACACUUCGAAUCAUAAUGAUCGAUUAAAGUUAGGAGCGAGCCGUCCUGAAGAAGCAGCGAGAUGGAUUCAAUGCUUUCAUGAAGCGUCUUUGAAGGGUGCCCCAGAAGAUAUAGGAUGUUCCAAGAGGAAAUGGCAGUCUUAUAGCUUAAGUGGAUCUUCCAGUAGAAAUCACCAAAAUUCUAUAGACUGGACACUCUCUUCUUCUGAUGUUAUUGCCCCAUCACCUUGGACAAUCUUUGGCUGCCAAAAUGGUUUACGACUAUUCAAGGAAGCAAAAGAUAGGGAUUCUGGUGGGAAGAAACGAGAUGAUCAUCCCGCAAUAAUGGCUGUUGGUGUGGUAGAUGGAACUUCAGAAGCCAUUUUCCAGACUCUUAUGGCACUUGGUCCUUCAAGAUCCGAAUGGGAUUUCUGUUUUUCCAAGGGGAGUGUAGUUGAGCACCUAGAUGGUCACACCGACAUUAUUCACAAGCAGCUAUAUAGUGAUUGGUUGCCUUGGGGAAUGAAAGGAAGAGAUCUGUUGCUGCGGCGUUAUUGGAGGAGAGAAGAUGAUGGAACCUAUGUUAUUCUUUACCAUUCCGUGUUUCACAAAAAGUGUCCUCACCAGAAAGGCUAUGUCCGUGCCUGCCUUAAAAGUAAUGUAUGCUGAAACUGUAGAAAUAGUAAACAUUUUUAUUUCCUUCUAUUAGCUGGUCUCAUACUACCUAGAAAAUAAAUUUAAUACUAUUGCAAUCAUGAUGUUGCUGCUUUCAUU